CACACACACCCGACUUAGCCUGAAGCUUCAUACCGACAUAAUUUGAGACUUGCAUCUGCGCAUUCUACCGGGCGAGAAGCAGAGAAAAUCGUCAAGAUACAAAGGUUGUGGUAUCGGAAGAUUCUCACCUACUAGAGCAUGUCCAGGAGGUCAGACCAAGGCAGCCAGUCAAGAACAGUAACGCUCGGUCAAGUCCGUGCUCUCAGAGCUUCUCACAGCGAGUCAUCCAGCCUGGCGAAAAAACAGAUCAGCUGGAAAGAUUUCGGAGUGUACUUGGACAAAAAGUUAGACAGAACAUUGGACCCUUCCUUUGUGGGGAGUACUGCUACCUCUAGCGCUCUUGUCAAUAUUCUCUCACGGUCAUCUCUAUUAUCCCAGGUAAUCAAGUUUCAAAUCUGCACCUCGUGCAACAGGCCUAUUGGUGAAGCAAUUCUCGCCACCCAUCAUCAGAAGUGUGUUGAAAUGAAACACAAAAGACCUGAGUCGGAGGCCCCUUCAGGAUCCGCGGUCUCGAAGAGAAAGCGGGGCCGCUCGGUCAACCCGUUGCUUGAUAUCGAAUACUCUUCAGUAGAUUCUUCAAGGGGAGCGUCUCCCACGCCUGCGACUCCGUCCUCGAGUCAAAACACCCAAGGGAGGCCCAAAAAGAAGUACAAAAAGUCACAAAUGCAGAAGGAAAAAGAAGCUGCAAACGCAGCGGCGGCAGCCGCGGCAGCUGCUGAAGCUGCCAACAACCGUGCAAGUACUGCUGCACAUGCGAAGAAAAAGAAGCAAGCAAAGGUUAAGUCUGCUACCAAAGCAAAGGGACCGGUGGACGUUGAGAAACAGUGCGGUGUUCCUCUUCCUCUGGGUGGAUUUUGUGCACGGUCGUUGACAUGUAAGACGCACUCUAUGGGAGCCAAGAGAGCCGUUCCAGGAAGAAGCGCUCCCUAUGACGUCCUUCUCCAACAAUACCAAAAGAGAAACCAGGCAAAACUCGCAGCUAGCAAUGCACUAGCCGCGCAACGACGCGAAAACGCCCAACUCACCGGAAUGUCUGUGGGUGAUUCUGAGAAUGGGGAUGGCUUGGGUAACUUGCAUAUCGUACUCGACUCCGAUACAGAGACUCAGCUUGUUCUUGAGGGGUUGUCUAAAAACUGUCCUGCUCCCUUAGAGAGAAAGAUUAUGCUACCUGUCAGGCACAGGCACAAAUUUUUAUACAUGAGAGAAGCAUACGCAAAUGCCCUAAUUACAAAUGGAAGUGCUUCUUCGGACUCGCUGGCUCAUUCGGCAGACGUGACACUUGCUAACCAGGCGAUUUCAGGCUCAAUUGGAGGAUUACAAGGUCGUUGUGCUUUGAUCAAUGUGGAUAACAAGUCUUCAAAUGGUGAUACUCAGACCUACGCGAGCAUUCCCGGAGAAAUUUAUCAAGUUCGUGCUCCUCUGAAAGCGAUUCUUAUGACGGCACAGUACAAUCAUCAACAGCAACAACUAUUCCAGCAACAGAUCAUGAAGUUGCAGCAGCAACAGUUACUCGCCAAGCAGCGUCAACAACAGCUACAAAGACAACAGCAGCAGCAGCAGCAGCAGCAACAUCAAAAUACGGCAUGAUUGUACUGUGACUUCUAUUAUGUUCCAGAUGUGUAUUAUAUGUAUAGUAAAAAUGAUGAAAUUUACCAUGCUCCUUUAAA